AACACUACUCUAACCUCUUUUACUGUUCACGUUCUUGCUUUGGACGUACAGUAACUCCUUGUGCCUGUGAGAGCACUGUGUGCGAUAAAACUACACAAUAUGAAGACAUUUAGUGCCGCAACGGCCAUUGGCCUGCUAGCCCUGAGCUCCAAUGCCUCUCCAAUCACACCUUGGAAGCGAGCACCAUCAUUUGAUUUCAACGGACAAAAGGUCCGCGGUGUGAACUUGGGAGGAUGGUUCGUGCUGGAACCGUGGAUCACACCGAGUCUGUUCGAGGGCAACGACGCCAUCGACGAGUACAGCUUCGCGCAAACGCUCGGAAAGGACGCAGCAAAGGCACGACUCUCCGAGCACUGGAACUCGUGGAUCACCCAGGACGACUUCAACCGGAUCGCCGGGGCCGGCCUCAACCACGUCCGCAUCCCCAUCGGAUACUGGAGCGUGAUUUCCCGCGAUGAGGACCCAUACGUCACAGGAGCGUACGAUGUCUUCGGCAAGGCCCUCGACUGGGCUCAAGCCGCUGGCCUCAAGGUCAUCAUCGAUCUUCAUGGAGCUCCCGGCUCCCAGAAUGGUUUCGACAACUCAGGCCGCUACGGCUCCGUGCAAUGGACGCAGGGUGACACUGUCUCUCACACUCUGCGAGUGCUCAACAAGCUCCGUGAUGACCACGCCUCGCACCCUGCCGUCUCCUCCAUCCAACUUCUCAACGAACCCCUAGGACCCAGCCUCGACAUGUCGACGGUACGCCAGUUCUACAUGGACGGCUGGGGCAACCUGAAGGACUCGAACGUCGCGGUGGCAUUCCACGACGCGUUCCAGGGCGUGACGUCCUGGGGGGACUUCGGCGCCGGCAUGUGGAAUCUCCUCCUCGACACCCACCACUACGAGAUCUUCGACAACAGCCAGGUCGCCAUGUCGCCCGACGACCACUUCCGCACCGCUUGCGAUUUCGGCGGGCAGAUGGCGUCCACGGGCAAGUGGACCAUCGCGGGAGAGUGGACGGGCGCCAUCACCGACUGCGCCAAGUGGCUCAACGGCAAGGGCAAGGGCGCGCGGUACGACGGCACGUUCCAGGGCUCGACGGCCGUGGGGUCCUGCGACGGCAAAUACACCGGUACUGUUGCGGGUCUGUCCGACGCGGAUAAGUACAAUGUCAGGAGGUUCAUCGAGGCGCAGUUGGAUGGCUACGAGAAGGCGACGGGGUGGGUCUUCUGGACCUGGAAGACCGAGGGCGCGCCCGAGUGGGACAUGAAGGCGUUGUUGGAGGGUGGAUUGUUCCCGCAGCCGUUGACGGAUCGAAAGUAUCCCGGCCAAUGCGGCUAAAUCACAUUCCCAUCAACACAACCUCACGCACAAUGAACGAACAUGAACGAAUUUCCUUA